AUCCGUUUUUGUUCCGUAUUCAAACUAUCCGUAUUUGUUUCCGCAUCUGCUGACAUGGAAAAACAUUUGGUUGUUAACAGCAUCUGAAAAAAAACUAUGAAAACUAAUAUGGUAUGAGCAUUAUCCAUCAGUAUCCGCUACGUUUUCAUCCCAACGGAAACCCCUCCACUCCGCACGGAAAACGGAGCGAUAGAUUAUCACAUGAUUAACUAAGUUUUAGCAAUAAAAAAUUUAAAAAAUAGAUUAAUAUGAUUUUUAGAGCAACUUUCCUAUAUAAACUUUUCACAAAACACGUACCGUUUAGCAGUUUAAAAAACGUGCAUGUGGAAAAUAAGGGAGAUGGGUUGGGAACUCAUUCUCAAGUAGUACUGUACCGAUUAUUUUUUAACUCCGAGUAGAGGAAAAAAUGUUUUAAACAGUGCCAUGAAUUUAAAAAAGAAUUAAAAAUUAUUGUUGGUCCCGCAUGUUAGCCUGAGACGGCCGUCCAUCCCCUCCCCACCCACCGCCAGCAAAAUUUUUAAUCCUGAGUAAAUUUGCGAGUAAAAUUUGAAUGAUGUGGAUGAAUCUUAGCCGUUGCAUCUACGUUGGAUGAGUGCCGAGAUUCACCUCACCUUGUGACAUUCCUCACCCAAGACCCAACCUGGCUCCCCGGCUCCCCGCUACUCCGCUAGUAAUCGCAACGCGAGCGUUCCUCAAGAACCCGACGAACAAGCAUGAACUGCCUCACCAUCCACCGCCGCCGCGUCGCCCCUUCCCCAAUCCCAUCCAAAAUUCCUCCGAUCCCCGCCGGAAUCGAAGACAGGAGCCGACCACAUCACCACCCCGGCGGCGCAUCGAUCGCGUAUGCGCUGGAUGCGGCCAAAAAAAAAUCCCAAAAAUCAGCACGGAUCGGAGAGAAGUUAUGAGUCAUCGUCGUCAUCAUCAUCCCAUCGCGGAUGCAAGCGCGACAAGGGGAAGCGUGCUAGGGAUAUCUCCACCGCGGCGGCAUCAGUAGCAGCAUCAGCAGCCGUAGCAAUGUGAGGAAUCCGUGCGCCGUUCGAUCUCCACUGGCUCGGUUCGUCACUCUCCUCUCAUUUUUUUUUUGCCGUUACGAUAUUACCUUUUUUGCUUGCUUCUGGGGAUUAAUUGGCGUUUUCCCCUCAUUUUUGGCUCUAUUAAAUGCUUGGAGAGGGGAUUUGUGCUAGGGUUCAUCACAUUCUCGCCCUAACAUCCCAGCUCUACCCUCUCCUCUUCCUCCGCCGCCGCCGCCGCCGCCGCCAAAUCGAGCCCGCUUUGCGCCUCCGCCAGCGUCCUAGCGUCUCCCUUGCAGCGUUCAAGUUCAACCAUGUCUCAUUUCAAGAGCGGCUCAAGGGUGAAGUGCACGAUGCUUGCAGUUCUGUGCGGUAAGGUAGGCAAGCAGCGGACGCCACCUGGUCCAGUGCCCGAGUCCCAGCGGCCGCGGCCGUCAUUCCCAUUCCUGGAGUUGAUCUCGUCCGGGAGGUUGGAUGUGCACACGCUGAUCAAUCCUACGGUUGAUCAAUUUCUGGAGGCACAACGGGCUUUGCAGCCCCGCUUCAUAUACCUCCAGGGACAGCUGCUUGACAAUGAGGAAGAAAUCGGCGCACUUGUUUGGGGCGAUGCUGAUGUUUCUGAUCCACAGACAUUUAGUUCACUCAUUUGUUCGCCUUUUCCUACCAUAGUUUAUUUGGAAGUUCCAAGUGGAGAAAAGAUUGCUCAAUCUCUUCAAUCGAAGGGGAUUUCAUAUAUAAUGUAUUGGAGAUAUUCAUUAUCAUCCUAUGCGGCAUCUCAUUUUCGCCAUUCCUUAUUGUCAGUUGUUCGGAGCUCCUGCAGCCAUGCAUGGGAUGCAUUUCAGCUUGCAUAUGCUUCUUUUGAACAAUACUGUGUAAGAAAUAAUGACGUGCAACGUCUUAUGCUUGGGCCUCAUCUUCUUGGGGAUGCUCCAAGGAUAUAUAUCACCCCUCCUGGAAACAAAAUGGCUGAGGAAGAAGAUACCUCUGAAUACUUUCCAGACAUAAAGAUAUACGAUGAAGAUGUGCACUUAAAGCUUCUUAUCUGUGGAGCACAUUGCACCCCUGAUUCAUCUAUAUUGAACUCACUAGAGGAUGGUUUGAAUGCUCUUCUCAAUAUUGAAUUUCGGUGGUGCAAACUCCAGGAUAGAGUCAGCGCUGCUCCUCCUCUUCAUGUUGAUUCAGCUCUGUUAGACGGGGUGGUUACAAUAUGUUGUGAUAUCACUACAUCCAGUUCUUCACACGUGUCACUGCUUCUUUCUGGCAGUCCACAAACCUGUUUUGAUGACGAGCUUUUGGAGAAGCAUAUUAAGAAAGAACUUAUUGAGAGCCGCCGGUUAGUUCGUGUUGUCUCGGUUAGCGAGGAUGAUGGACCAUCUUCAGCCGAGCCUUUGACUUCAAUGUCCGUGGCUUCUGGAGCUUCUACUUUUGAAGUGUUGAUGACCUUACCUAAGUGGGCAGCACAGGUUUUGAAAUAUCUUGCUCAAGAAACGUCUUACAAAAGCCUGGUUCCACUUGGAAUUGCUUCUGUAAAUGAUACUCCAGUUUCUUCGUUCGAUAAAGAAGAUGUGGAUCGGCUUCUUUUCUUUUGCACAAACCAAGAUGAAGAUGAAGCUAUUGGAAAUGGUCUAUAUCACCAUCUGCCAAGAUGGUCUGCAUCCCUUGCGAAGGACAGAGUGAAGAGAAAUUUUGUGUCAAAACCAGCUAGGUGAAGGAUACAAGGGCAACGGCAAUUUGUAGUUGUGCAAAGGUGUUGUCAGUGCUGAAUGUUGAGAGAAUGCACAACUCACUUGCACAUCAACAAGCAUCGCAAGGGCGAGGCUCUAUGUUGAGCGAAUCCAAAUUUCGGAAAGCAAAACAGGCUGUGCAGCCCAACUUGAUGUACCUCCAGGGUCAGCAGCUUGAGAAUGAGGAAGAAAUUGGUACACUUGUCUGGGGCGAGGCUGAUGUAUCUGAUCCAUAGAUAUUUAGUUCACUCACUAGUCCACCUUUUCCGACCAUAGAUGCUAUGUGAUCCGCUGCGGCGGCAGCAUUAGCAUCCGCAGCAGCUGUAGCAAUGUGAGGAAUUGGGGAGAUCCCUGCUUCCUUGCGCAGUUCGAUCUCCACUGGCUCGAGCGGCCUUUGCAGGGUUCAACGGUUGCGGAUCUGUGGUGUUUUUUUGUUCAACCAUGCCUCAUUUCCUGAGCAGCUCAAGGGUGAAGUGCACGAUGCUUGCAGUGCUGUGCGGUAAGGUAGGCAAGCAGCGGACGCCACCUGGUCCAAUGCCCGAGUCCCAGCGGCUGUGGCCGUCAUUCCCAUUCCCGGAGUUGAUCUCGUCUGGAAGGAUGCUAGUUAGUUGGGCUAAAUUAGCAGCAAUUAAAUCUUGCCAGAAGAGCAGAAAUGUUCCCGACACAUUAAGCCGGUGUUUGAACUGCACACAACGAGGAAGCCAGUCCUGUGGACACAAGCAAAAGCCCAAUAUACUUACCCCGUAGAAAAUGUUAGGCGAUUUUCUUAGGGCUUCUAUAAGAAUUUGUGGGACACACAUAUUUCCCGAAACACUUUUUACCAUGCACCCUACGGCGGCAUCAGCAUCCGCGGCAGCUAUAGCUAUGUGAUCCGUGCACCAUUUGAUCUCCCGUGGCUUGAGAGAUGGCACUUCAGUUUCUUCAUUCGAUAGACAAGGCGUGGAUCGGCUUCUUCUUUUUUGCACGAACCAAGAUGAAGAUGAAGCUAUUGGAAAUGAUUUAUAUUCCGAUCUGCCAGAUGGUCUGCAUCCCUUGCGAAGGACAGAGUGAAGAGAAGUAUAGCUUUCAAUUAAAUGAUGACUGAUACUACAUUAAGCUUCUGUUUCAAUGCGCUGUAGGACUUUAUUUAUGUGACGGACAUUUAUACUCCGUAGAAAAUGUUAGGUGAUUUUCUUAGAGCUUCUAUAAGAAUUUGUGGGACACAUAUUUCCCCGGAACACUUCUUACCAUGCACCCGACAUCCGCAACAGCCGUAGCUAUGUGAUCCGUGCACCAUUUGAUCUCCUGUGGCUUGAGAGGUUUUGAAAUAUCCUGCUCCAGAAACAGAACAAAAGCCUGAUUCCACUUGGAAUUGCUUGUGUAGAUGGCACUCUAGUUUGUUCAUUCAAUAGACAAGGCGUGGGUCCACUUCUUUUCUUUUGCACAAACCAAGAUGAAGAUGAAGAUAUUGAAAAUGAUUUAUAUUCCGAUCUGCCAAGAUGGUCUGCAUCCCUUGAGAAGGACAGAGUGAAGGGAAGUAUAGGUUCAAAACCAGCGAGGCAGAUCGGUUACAAGGGCAGCGACAAUGUGGAGUGGGGCAAAGGCGGUGUCGAUGCUAAAGUUGGUGAUUACUCACUCGCACAUGAACAGUAUGUCAUAGCAUGGGCAAGGCUCAUUGUUUGGCACAAUGAACUGCAUGAAAAUUUGGAUGCGAUAUUCAAAGAAUCGAGCUGACAGUAGUCAUAUGUGAGGGAAUCCAAACUUGUAGUUUGAUGAACCUAACUUAUUUUUAGUGUUGAUCUGAAUGUUACUUGUUGGUUUAUUAACUGCAACCAAAAUUUGAAUCUUGAAUGUUGAUAUUAGAGAUUUUUUUUUCAGUGUAGUGUAUUUUCUAGCCUAGGCUUCUAAAUCGCUUAUCACUUAUUUCCCAUUU